AUUAUUUUGCUCUGACAUCUGACUACAUCAUAAAAUUUUGUAUAGAAAAUUUGUGAAAAUUUUUUGCUUGUAUGUAAAAUUUUAAUUUUAAUUUUUGUUCGUAAUUCAUUCUCUUUAUCGUUUAGCUUACCUAUUUUCCAUACAACUCGGUAGUAAUUAAAUUAUAAAAUCAACUGCAAGAAUGUCUGCUCCACCGUACAGUUAUUCUUACAUCUUCAAGUAUAUCAUCAUUGGAGAUAUGGGCGUGGGAAAAUCAUGUUUACUUCAUCAAUUUACGGAGAAAAAAUUUAUGUCCGAUUGCCCGCAUACCAUUGGAGUUGAAUUUGGAACACGUAUUAUUGAAGUUUGUGGACAAAAGAUUAAAUUGCAAAUCUGGGAUACCGCUGGACAGGAAAGAUUUCGUGCUGUAACGAGGUCCUAUUAUAGAGGUGCUGCGGGAGCCCUAAUGGUAUAUGAUACUACUAGAAGAAGCACGUAUAAUCAUUUAAGCAGUUGGUUAACAGAUACGAGAAAUUUAACUAAUCCUAGUACUGUGAUAUUUCUUAUUGGAAAUAAAUCAGAUUUAAAGGAUCAGCGAGAUGUUCCUCACGACGAGGCUAAGAAAUUUGCCGAAGAAAAUGGUUUAAUGUUCGUAGAAGCUAGUGCGAAAACCGGCGAUAACGUUGAAGAAGCUUUUGUUGAAACCGCUAAGAAAAUUUACGAAUGUAUUCAAGAAGGAAAAUUGGAUCUAAACGCCACAGAAUCCGGUGUACAACGUAAAGCAACUCAAGCUGAUCGUACUUCGUUAACGGAUCAAUCACAGAAGAAAUCAUGCACGUGUUAAAACUCGUAAGGAGUCGAGACGGUGUACCAGAGAAGGAUGCGGUAUUGCUUAACUUACUUUAAACAUUUAUCGUACCUACCUAAUUAUAAUUUUUAAAAAUACACACGUUUAUUCGUAAUUUGGAAAAUUAUCGUUUAUAGCUAUUUAAAAAAAAAAAGGAAAAGAGGAGUAUUCUUUAUAUCGACGUUCAUUACCAUUUUUCAUCAAUAGUAGUUGUUUUUCCAAAUUCGAAGAUGGUUUUUAUCUUCAUUCCUGUAUGUUUAAAUUUUUAUUUCUGUUAUAAAAUCGAGAAAUAACAUAAUGAAUAGUUUAAAACUAAGAUAAAUUUUGUUGAGCUUUUUAUCAAGUACAAAAAUGAUAACUAGGAUGUGCUUAAAAUUUAUCGUCUUCUUCAAUAUUAUCGAACUAGUUACCAAUUUUUUUUUGUCUAGAAAUGCGGAAAAGUGCUAAUGUGUUCACUCUUAGCUCUUAUUUUUUUUCUACGAAAAAUUUAAAUGCGGUUGUUUUAUCGAUAUUUUUAAUUCUAUUUUCUAUUUCCCAGCGAAAUUCUCGACUUGCCAACGAUUUUUUUUGCAUCGCUUAAGUUUCAUUCGUUGAUACGAAACGUUACCACCCCUGGAUUAGCCAAUUGCACUAUAGUGAGCUACAACGCGGUUUGAAUUAGACCCCGCUUUUUAUAUCCUAGUCUAUAAAAACGCAAUUAAACGUGAAUUUACUUUUUUCGAAUCGAUUCCAUUAUGUAAUAUUACUGUUUUAAGUAUAAUUUGUUUCUUUUUUUUAUUAAUUUUAAUUUUAACAUCGAAAAAUGUUACUUUUGUAUGUUCAACCUACACGAAAUGUUUUUUCUCAGAUGUACAUACUUAUUAAAUUUUGCUAACAUUAUCUUUGAAAUAUCCCUUGUUCUCUGUCAUUGUACCAUUUUAUUUAUAUAUAGAAAAUCGUUAUCAUGCAGAUCAUUUUAACGUGUUGAAAUAUGUAAUUUGUAUAAUUAGUAAGCUUUAGAGUUUGUUUUACUUGUCCUGUUAAUUUUCUUUAUUAUUAUUUUUUAAUUGAAGUAUUGUUUUAUAAUUAUGUAAUAUAAAUACAUACAUACACACUUA